AUGGCCACCUUCCUCCGAAGGCCAGGCAACCUUGCUCGCUUCUCGAGGAGAGCCACGGAACACAUCAGUCGUACCAUUCCGGUAUCUACGAGAGUGCCCUCAUCGUCGCUUUCGCCCUUUAUUAAAUCAACUCACAUCCGAACCUUUACAACCACGGGCUCCAAUCUCCAGGCAAUCCCGCCAAAUGACCCCAAGCCCGAGAAGAAAGACGGUCAAGAGAAGUCGGUCUUGAAUGAACAGGACCAGAAGAAUCUGGACGCCUUUGUGAAGAGUGUGGAGAACCGUAUCCCCGAAUCACAACAUGAGGCUCUUCGUCAGAUGCGGAAGCAAUUGAUGCGGGAUGGAUUACCACCCGACGUUAAGAACUUCAUCGAGAAGCGGGAUGCGUCAUUGAUGGACUACCUCCGGAUGAUGCGGUUCCUACUGAAAUAUACAAACGAACAAGCCAGCAAGGAUGCCGCAGAGGAUGCGGCAAAGUUCUUCGAUAAGACACAGGACGGAAAGGAAUCUCAAGCGCAACGGGACGACCAAGGGAAGGAGAACGACCCCAAGGAAGAAUCCGACCCGCAAAAGAAAAAGGAAAAGGAGGAACAACAGAAGAAGAAGAAGAAGGACGCUAAUCUUCCUCCCGGUGCUAAGGUCUUCGAGUUCCGAUUUGAUCCCGCCUCUUUCUUGGUUACCUCGCUCGUUACAUACUACAUCUACCGGAGCUUCUUUCCUGGCGAAAGCAGUGGCAGAGAGAUCACUUGGCAAGAGUUCCGCGCAAACUACCUGGACAAGGGCGUUGUUGAGAAGUUGACAGUGCUUAACCACAGCCGAGUUCGUGUUGAGGUUAACCGCGAUGCUGUCGCUUCCGUGCAAGCCGAUGCCAGUGGUUCUCAGCCUUCUCACGUGUUCUUCAGUAUCGGAUCUGUCGAUAGCUUCGAGAUGAAACUGGAGCAGGCUCAGAACCAAUUGGGAAUUCCGCCACAUGAACGCAUUCCGGUCGCCUACGUUGAUGAAGUUCCUUGGGGCAGUGCCCUUUUGUCCUUCGCUCCUACUUUGCUCUUGUUCGCUGGUAUCUACUGGUUCUCUCGCCGUGCGGGAGGUGGUGCCGGUGGCCAGAGUGGAAUAUUUGGAAUCGGCAAGAGUCGCGCUAAGAAGUUUAACCACGAAUCCGAUAUUAAGAUCAAGUUCUCCGACGUCGCCGGUAUGGACGAGGCCAAGGUUGAGAUUAUGGAAUUCGUCAGCUUCCUCCAACAGCCUGAGCGGUUCCAGAGACUCGGUGCUAAGAUUCCUCGCGGUGCCAUUCUCUCUGGUCCCCCUGGUACUGGUAAGACCUUGCUUGCUAAGGCUACCGCUGGUGAAUCCGGCGUUCCUUUCUACAGUGUCAGUGGUUCCGAGUUCGUCGAAAUGUUUGUCGGUGUUGGUCCGUCCCGUGUCCGUGACCUGUUCGCCAACGCCCGGAAGAAUACCCCUUGCAUUAUUUUCAUUGAUGAAAUCGAUGCAAUUGGUAAGUCUCGUGCGAAGCAGAACUUUGGUGGCGGUAACGAUGAGCGUGAGAGCACUCUUAACCAGAUUCUUACUGAGAUGGACGGCUUCAACACUUCCGAACAGGUUGUUGUUCUGGCCGGUACCAACCGACCUGAUGUUCUUGACAAGGCUCUGAUGCGUCCUGGCCGUUUCGAUCGACACAUUGCUAUCGACCGCCCUACUAUGGACGGACGUAAGCAGAUCUUCCGUGUUCACCUUAAGAAGAUUGUCACCGAUGAGAACUUGGACUACUUGGAAGGCCGACUUGCUGCCCUGACCCCUGGUUUCGCUGGUGCUGAUAUUGCUAACUGUGUCAACGAGGCUGCCCUUGUUGCUGCCCGUGAAAAUGCCGACAAGGUUGUUAUGAAGCACUUCGAGCAGGCUAUCGAGCGUGUCAUUGGUGGUCUCGAGAAGAAGUCUCUUGUGCUGUCACCCGAGGAGAAGCGCACCGUUGCCUACCACGAGGCUGGCCACGCCGUCUGUGGAUGGUACUUCAAGUGGGCCGACCCUCUGCUCAAGGUAUCGAUUAUUCCCCGUGGACAGGGUGCUUUGGGUUAUGCCCAGUACCUUCCCGCCGGCGGAGACACUUACUUGAUGAACACCAACCAGCUUAUGGACCGUAUGGCCAUGACUCUGGGUGGUCGUGUCAGUGAGGAGCUCCACUUUGAGACCGUUACCAGCGGUGCCAGUGAUGACUUCAACAAGGUAACCUCCAUGGCGACUGCCAUGGUCACCAAGUUCGGUAUGUCGAAGAAGCUUGGUUACAUCUACUACGAAGAGGACCCUCAGCAGCAGAUCCACAAGCCUUUCUCUGAGGAUACUGCCCGCAGCAUCGAUAUUGAAGUGCGUCGCAUCAUCGAUGAGGCUUACAAGCAGUGUCAUGACCUCCUCACUGAGAAGAAGGUUGAAGUUGGUAUUGUCGCCGAAGAGCUGCUGUCUAAGGAGGUUCUGGGUCGUGAUGAUAUGAUCCGUCUUCUUGGUCCCCGUCCCUACCCUGAGUCUGGUGAGUUCGCCAAGUACUUCGACGGUAAGGGUGGACAGACCUUUGCUCCUCCAGAGCCUCCUCAGGACCCCGAAGAAACCUUGGGCAAGGAUGGCCGGGACCAGACUCCUAUUCCUUGA